CACUGAAUUCAGCCAUAACUCUUCUCCUUUCUCCUCAAAGCUUUCUCUCUCUAAAUUGUUACUUUCUCUCUCUUCAAAUCUUUGCCCUUUUGAGUGAAUGAUCGUUCUUGAUUUAGUUUCAUCAAAUCCAAGCUUUAUCGAAAAUGGAGACUGUGUGCUGUAUGUGCGGCGAUGUAGGCUUUUCCGACAAACUCUUCCGCUGCAGCAAGUGUCGCCACCGCUUCCAACACCUGUAUUGCAGUAAUUAUUACAGUGAAUUAUCAGAGCCUAUUCAAGUAUGUGAUUGGUGUCAAAGUGAAGGGAAAAAUUCAAAACAUGGUGGUUCUUCAUCAAGAAAAUCCAUGCAGGUAAAUAAUGAUUCAAAAUCAACAGCUUAUUCAGGUAACAAAAACAAGCAACUUGAUCAUGAAGAGGGAUCAGAAAAAGCUGGAAAAAACCCGAGUUCGACGCCUUCUCCCCGGCCUACUACGCGCAAGUACAAGCUUCUCAAGGAUGUAAUCUGCUGAACGAACGAAUUGAAAAGAUCAGCUAGUUGGUUUGAACUCGAAAGUCCUUGUUUAAAAAUGAUAGUUUUUGAGUGUUCAUUUAGUGUGUGUAAUUAAUCGAAAACUCUCACCUUAAGUCGUUUUUCAUGUAGUAUAGUUUUGUGUCCUAUGUUUUUUAGUCACUAGUUGUUACAAAUAAUGAAACUACUAUAAUAAUUGUUAAAAUUACUAAAGUAUUUUAGUUUAUC